CGAUGCUGAAACUUCCUUGGAAAAAGAUAAAAUAUAUUUAAAAUCAGAAUUCUUUUCUUGCAAUAAAGAAGAAACGUGUUCUCGUGUUUUGCAAGAAAAGGAUUUGAAUAAGAAGAACUUUCCAGGUGAAGACCAAAGUUCAUUACAAAAAGAUAAAACUCUUAGCGUUGCGUGGAAGAAGAUGAAGCAACCAGAAGAUUGCAAAGAUCUCUACGACAGUGGUAAGAAAGAAAGUGGCGUUUAUCACAUAACCAGACCGAACAAGCAAGUUAUCAAGGUUUACUGUGACAUGGAAACAGACGGCGGAGGCUGGACUGUAAUACAACGCCGUAUUGAUGGCUCAACCGAUUUUCAACGUGGCUGGUCUGAUUAUAAACAUGGCUUUGGCAAUGUUGAGAAGAAUUUCUGGAUUGGGUUACAGAAUAUGCACUCCUUCACCAGCCCUAAUGCCAGUACCACCCUUCGGAUAGAGCUAAAGCACUGGCUCAGGGGCGACAACCUAUUUUUUGCUAAAUAUGGUAGCUUUGAGAUUGGCAACGAAACUGAUGGAUAUACUUUGAGUGUUUCUAGGUAUUCUGGUACCGCAGGUGAUGGUUUCAACAAUAUUGAAUAUUCCCACAUGCAGAACAACGGACAAAAGUUUACUACCCUAGAUCGCGACAACGAUAAAAAUUUUGUUAAAAACUGUGCUGUUAUUUAUGAAGGUGGGUGGUGGUACAACGCCGCCACGUCUUCACAGCUAAAUGGCUUGUAUCCCGACUCAGAAAAUUCAGACAAGCAAUACAUGACAUGGUUCGGAAUAAGCAAUUCCUUUGGUAACAUAAAGUUCUCUGAAAUGAAAAUCAGACGAAACUGAGCCGCCAAUAUAAGGUUCACAAAUUGGAAACUUUAGCACGAACAUCUUAUACGCUAAUAAGUAUAUUAGAAAUAAAACGAAUUGUUAUAGCACUUUUUCUUGCUUGCAUGCAAAAAGCUUAUUUUGUCGAUUAAAAUUUUCAAUCCACAGUUGAAAGAUGAAGCCUUUCGAUUGGCUGGCUUCAAAGUUGGACAAUGCAUAAUGUUAUGAUGGUGUUUUGUAUGUGGUUUUCAUAAACUAUCGUUUACAUUAGUAACAUACAGAAGCGGUGCCACGGGGGGAUUGAGGAAGACUGGGGAGGGGACAUGUCCCCCCAAGUUUUCGGCAGGAUAAAUUUUGCAUUUCGUCUAAAUCCGAUGAGAAAAUGUUGGGGGAGGGGUAAUAUUUUGGCAACAUACUUUUUGCGAUGUAAUCCUAAGAUUUUCAAGCUGCCUUCACAUAGCCAAAAGUGAGUCAUGGGCGUUGCCUUUAGGUAAAAAUUUCGUUCCUUGUUAGUAAAAGGGCGUUUUCUGGUGCUAAAACGUGCGUGACCUAUGAUCUUUUGUUUUGCCCCCCCCCCCCUUAGAGCGUAGUGGCUGGCACCGCCAUUGAUAAUGUACACAA